CAAGGCAGGGUAAUGACGGAGGUGGCAGAGGCACCGGGCUGCAGCUGCUGGGAGGGAAGAAGGGGAGGGGCAAACGCUAGGCGGCCGGGAAUAAUCGGGUGAGUCCCCUUUAAGCCCUGCCAAGUCGCGCCGCUGCGGCUCAGGAAAGAGAUCGGUGGCCCGCACUGCCACUGGGUGGGAGGAGAUGCACUAGCCAGGCGGGUGUUCUCUGCCCAGCGGGGCUUGGGCCACGCCCGCAUCCGAUGUUCCCCAUCGCCCAGCCUUAAUUCCCGGUCGCCCAUGGCGACCAGGAGUCACAACCUAUUUGCUAGAACGAUCAACGAAACUUGAUUUGGUUCGGCUACUACAAGUAACUAUGGAGGGAGAAGUUCGGAAUGUAAUUAUCUUCAAUGCUUCCAAAAAGGAGAUGUUUACUGUGAACAGUGGUUAUAGGAUUCUACAAAAAAGGCUUCGGAGCAACUGGAAAAUACAGAGUUUAAAAGAUGAAAUCACUUUAGAGAAGCUGUCUGGAGUAAAACUGUGGAUUACAGCAGGACCCAGAGAAAAGUUCACAGCUGCUGAAUUUGAGGUUCUGAAGAAGUUUCUAGAAAGUGGUGGGGAUAUCUUGGUGAUGUUAGGAGAAGGUGGUGAAUCCCGAUAUGACACCAACAUUAAUUUCUUAUUGGAAGAGUAUGGGAUCAUGGUCAACAAUGAUGCAGUGGUGAGAAAUGUGUAUUACAAAUACUUCCAUCCUAAAGAAGCAUUGGUCUCCAAUGGCGUUUUAAAUCGAGAAAUCAGCAGAGCUGCAGGAAAAACGGUGUCUGGAAUCAUAGAUGAAGACAACACUGGAAAUGACUCGCAGGCUCUUACUUUUGUAUAUCCAUUUGGUGCUACACUAAAUGUGAUGAAACCAGCAGUGGCCGUUCUGUCUACAGGAUCCGUCUGUUUUCCUCUUAACAGACCCAUCUUGGCUUUUUAUCAUUAUAAGCUGGAGGAAAUUAUAGACAAAAUGCUGCAAGAGGAAGCUGAAGAAAAUGGUAGAAUGUCUGUCAGGGCAGAGAAAAAGAUUAGAAGGAAAAUCUAUAAUCUGUGUGAGACAGAUGAGGAGAAUCAAGGUGGCAAGUUAGCUGUCCUUGGAUCUUGUCAUAUGUUCAGUGACCAAUAUUUGGAAAAAGAAGAAAACAGCAAGAUCAUGGAUGUUCUUUUCCAGUGGCUUACAACGAGCGACAUCCAUUUAAACCAGAUUGAUGCAGAAGAUCCAGAGAUAUCUGAUUAUACAAUGCUUCCAGAUAUAGCCACUCUGUCAGACCGACUGCGAGUUUGCCUGCAGGAGGGAGAUGAGAACCCACGAGACUUUACAACACUUUUUGACAUGUCUGUUUAUCAGAUGGAUACUACAGCACUCCCCAAAAUAAUCAAGUCUUAUGAACAGUUGAAUGUGAAAUAUGAACCACUUCAGCUAAUUCAACCUCAGUUUGAAACUCCACUACCUGUUCUCCAACCAGCAGUUUUUCCACCUGCCUUCAGAGAGUUGCCUCCUCCCAGCCUGGACCUGUUUGAUUUGGAUGAAACUUUCUCUUCGGAGAGAGCUCGUCUUGCCCAAAUAACAAACAAAUGUACCGAAGAUGAUCUGGAAUUCUAUGUCAGAAAAUGUGGCGAUAUCCUAGGAGUGACAAGUAAACUUCCAAAGGAGCAGCAAGAUGCCAAACACAUCCUGGAGCACAUUUUCUUCCAAGUGGUGGAGUUCAAGAAGCUAAAUCAGGAACAUGACAUUGAUACAAGUGAAGCUGGAUUCCAGAGUGGCUUCUGAACACUAAGAUAACUCUGAUGGAGAAGGGGACUUGUACUACAGUUUCUCCCACUCUACGGUCGAUAAACUGGUUUACUUAUUCCUGCUAUUUUUUUGUGCCCUAAGGUAUCUUGUAAGUAUGUAGAUAGUUUAAAAAUUCAAUGCCAAAUGAGUAAUUGCCUUACAAGCAGCAAUAAUUUUACUAUUUUCUUUGUAAGAAAUGUCCCAUAUUUAAUGUGUUUUUAAAAAAAUAAAGGUAGCAUUUUAUAUAACUUGUA